AACGCGGAUGGGAUUAAAAGUUAACGACAGGCGGCAACGGCACUAGAGAAUUCACUCGUUCUAAGCAUCCGUUUCCCUAGAACGACCAACCCAAUUGGUAAACGACAUUUAUUUCAGGACACGUAAUCACGCAGGCGGCAGGUCUUCUACUAGUUGCCGAGCAAACUUUAAUCAGCGAAAAUUGCCCCUCGCUCGUUCAUCGACCGCAAGUAAAGUUGAAUACUUGUAGCGUGUAGGAGGGGAUCGUUUGCGACGCAUUUGCUCCAUUUUCUUCUUCUUCACACUUAAACACGAACAGAUUUGCAAACCAUGCCGUCUCUGCAAACAGCUUUGCCUCCAGAACUUGCCAAUAACGUUAUUCGGCUUUAUCGCGAGUGCCUUCGAAGAGCUAAAUAUAUUGGUCAUCGGCAACAUAACACAGAGCUUCUUGUUGGUAUGGUUAGACAGCAGUUUAAAAGGAACAUGCAUGAGACAGAUCCAGAGAAAAUUCAGAAGUUGAAGGAUGAGCUGGAGUGGUGUACUAGGGGCACAUGCAUUGAUACGUACAGAUUCCCAUUCCUUUUCUCUGAUAGCAACAUAAUUGGAGAUUUUAACUUGAGUUCUCCUGCUUUGCAGUGCUGCAAGGGGACUUAUAAACCACAUGCUUUAUGAGUCCGAAGCGCUGUCCGGUCGUAAGUUGAGCAAGAGCACUUGAUUUUUGUCUAGAAUUUCUUGAUCUAAGAUUACAGGUGGUUUAUUAGAUGAAAUUUUUAAUAAAGAAAGAGCUUUUAGUGCUGUUAUCAUUUCCUGAUGACCUAAUAUCUUGUGAGUUUUCAGGCAUCUUAUGCUAAAUGAAAUUUCAUACUGGAAAAUCAUCCUGCUGACUUUCUAAA